UCCUUUGCUCCGCUCGUCUAUGAAGCUUGUGGUGAUCUUCUUGGAGGUACAGACAUGAUUGCUGCAAAGUCCAAUUACAUUGGAAACGGCUUCAUUUGCAAUCUCCGGAGCCCAGACUUCGAUCCCGACGAAAUCACCGAUCCUCGCGAUCUCACCAACUGGCACGUCGAUGGGGACUGGUUCCGGCAUUUCUUGGACUGCGAGUGUCAGGCCCUCGAAACGUUGGUUCUUUGGUCCGAUGUUGAGGCACGUGCUGGUCCAACCUAUGUCUGUCCCGAUGGGAUCGCGAAGGUCGCCGCAUGGCUGCGCGACCAUCCUGAGGGUUCGGACACGAUGAUGGACGAGAAUGGCGAGAAAAUCGUGCCGAAGCUAGUCAAGACUUGCAAUGUUUUCGAGGAGUGUAUUGGCAAGAUGGGUGACGUAAUUCUGACCUCUCCGCACCCCCAUUCGCGCCAGAAGAACUACAUUCGUAAUGAGCGAUUCAUUACCAAUCCAUGCGUAAACCGCAACGAACAUUUCGACUUGAAUCGGGAGAAUUCAGAUGACUACUGCCUCGUUGAGCUCAAGACACUUCACGACCUCGACGCAAACCGUGUAAAAUACGAGCCGACCCGCCCUCGGGACCGCUGGGUUCCCACGACGUUGACCCGUGCGAACAAGACGAUCGAGGUCGAAGUAGAGCGUAUGCGUGAGAACUCGAAAAAGACUGGUAUUCCUUUUGAGUCAUACCACGCCAACGGCAUUGAUAACAGCUGGAUUGUCAAGGCCAGGGAUAUUCCCACUAGUGCCUAG